GAUCGUUGCAAUGAGCUUUUUCGUAUCGAGACAUUAACUCGACUAGUUUGAGACAGUAUAGAAGAGUACCUCGUUUCAAAGUUUAUGUCAAGAACACCAGAGAUAAGCGAAUGGGGUCCAUUUCCUGGAUUGCAAGAUAAAAUAUGAAACUGCAUAUUAUGGAUACCGAUAUGGAAGAAGCGAAACAAAAACUCAACGGUGAAGUUAUCAGAUUGCAAAAAUACAGAUGGGUGAUAUUAUUCAUUUUUUGCUCAAUAACUGUGAUCAGUGUAAUGCAGUUCCUACAAUUUACUAUCGUCGCUAAUGUGAUGACAAAGUAUUAUAAUGUCAGUAGCUCAGCUGUACAUACAACGGGAACAAUAUUCUUUGUGAUAUAUAUUUUAUUAUUCCUACCAGUCAAUUACCUCAUCGAGAAAUAUAGUUUAAGAGUCACAGCCAUAGUGAGUUCAACUCUCACAUUCAUCGGUAUUUUGGUGAAAGUAUUUUGCUGUGAUCCAUCGAGAUUCUUCGUUGUCCUCAUUGGCCAAGGAAUAUGUGCCUUCGGUCAAGUUUACGUAACGAGUAUUCCUUCCAAACUGUCGGCUACUUGGUUUGGACCCAACGAAGUGUCAACGGCAUGUGCCAUAGCAGUUAUGUGUAUACAAGUCGGUGUUUCCAUAGGAGCAGUGUUUCCGCCAUUUCUUAUACUGAAAGACGAUACCAUCGAUGAUAUAGGAAAUUCUUUGCAGCGAAUGUUGAUAUUCAAUGCGGUUGUGGCAGGUGUUGUCUUGGUUAUAGUAAUAUUAUUUUUUAAGGCAAAACCAGAUUACCCUCCUAGCAAAUCGCAAUUGAAGCUGAUCUCAGAGUACCAACCAUCUUUAUCGAACGCCAGCAGAAAACUAUGUAGGAACAACGACUUUUUAUUUCUUUUGUUCGCAGUUGGAAUGAGUUAUGGUAUAUACAACAGUCUUGGAGUGGUUUUCAAUACCAUUUACAUCGAGUAUUUUCCUAAUGGAGAAUUUGAUCUGGGCAUCACGACGAUUUUAUCAAUUAUAUCAGGAGGUUGCAUAGGCAGUAUUCUCUUUGGUUAUCUUUUGGAUAAAACUCAUCAAUUCAAGCGACUGAGUCUAGCAGUAUUCUCACUGGCUUGCUUGUGUUUCGUUUUUGAGGUUUAUUCACUCUAUGUGAGAUGCAGAACUGCUACAUUCAUCACACUACCUUUAUUCGAAUUUUUCAUUGCCCCAAUCUACAUCAUCGGAAUAGAGUUCAUUUCGGAGGUCACAUACCCAGUUCCGGAAUCCACUAGUUGUUCAGCUUUGAAUGCCACCAUUUACGUAUUUGCCAUAGGAUCCACCUUGGCCAUCGAAGGACUCACUCAUUCAGUAGGAUAUUUGUUGACAUUGUCUGUGAUAUUAUGCGCCUUCGUCAUGUGUGCCUUGUCUCUAGUAUUCGUCUCUUCGAAUUUCAGACGAACGAAAGCUAACAUGUUGAUACAAGAAAUCAAUUCUUGACACGUUUGAUUUCCAUGAAAUUUAUUAGAAUCAGACAUUCGCUGAUUAGUGAGGAGGUAGUUAAUGUAAUCUAAUUCAUAAGGUGAGCCAAGUUUGGUUUUUUGAUCGAUAUGAGUCGAAGGGAAUAUAUA